AUGAACAUUUCCUCGCUCGCUCUUGAGUAUCGAAGCUUAUCACAAGUUAUAUUGGAGUCAUCUCUUUGUAUUUUGCUAACUGUAGUGAGUUUUGUUGGCAACACUAUGGUCAUAAUUGCAGUCUAUAGAAACAGACGGCUUCGAACAACAACAAACCUCUAUAUCAUUGCCUUGGCAGUCAGUGAUUUAUCUUGCGCCGCUGUAGAAAUGCCGCUCACUUCAGUAACACUCGUUGUUGGUGAAUGGAUCUUUGGUUACGUGCUUUGUCAAAUUGAGGCUUUUGUGGAUAUUUUUGUCACUUAUGUUUCGCCGGCAACCAUUAGUCUUACAGCUCUCAACCGCUACGUUAGGAUUGUGAAGACAAACCAAUAUAACCGGCUCUUUUCCCCUAGACGUUCUAAACUUUAUUUGUCUUUGGUAUGGCUACUGCUGUUUUCCUACAUCGUCCUGGCGAGACUGACAGGCUGGCAAAAAUUUGUCUUUACUCCCGGAUAUGCAACGUGCAUAAUAGGACACCUAUCUGAAAUCAGAAAACUUCUUCACUACAUUGCAUUGGGAGUCUUCUACUUCUUUGUUCCACUUGUUAUAUCAUCUUAUAGUUAUUUUAAGUUAUUUCAAGAAGUCCAUGAACACCACUUGAUGAUCACCCCUUAUCUUCAGAAUUCAAUAAGUCGAGCGAGGAUUACACUUAAUGAAAUCAAGAUGAGCAAAACUCUGUUUUUUGUCGUUGCAAGUAUCUUUAUAUGCUGGGUACCAUUUUGGGCGAUUCUCGUCACGGAGCGUUUUUCU